CAACAAUUCCCCAGAUAUGAUUCACGUUUGAGAAAAUGGCGAUGAAAACAAAAACAGGGGUUUGUGCAAUUGUGAUAACGGUGGUUGCCUUUUUAUUCGUUUUGAUAUCUUUUUGCACGCCCUACUGGUUGGUGAACGAUGGCAAAAUAGCAAACCCGAACUUCAUACGAAUCGGUUUAUGGGAGGUUUGUUUUGUGAAUUUUGAAGACUUCAGGCAUCAUUAUGACAACAAAUUCACUGGUUGUUGGUGGGUCUUUGAAGAAGAAUAUUACAUCAUCCAUGACUUCCUAUUACCUGGGUUUUUCAUAGCCACCCAGUUCUUCUUCACAUUAUGCAUGACUUUGGUGUUAAUAGCAGCAUUUUUAACGUGGAUGUACUGUUUUUGCAGCAGGGACCACGACAAGUACCUUUUACUACUACUAAGUAACGGUGCUAACUUAAUUAUAGCAGGUUUUUGUGGCUUGGUAGCUGUUUGUAUAUUUGGUGGGAAUGGUGAUAACAGAGAUUGGAUGCCAUACUGGCAGCACAACGAUUUAAGCUGGUCAUUUGCCUUUGGGGUUAUAGGGUCUUUAUUACUUUUCCCUGCUGGGGCACUAUUUUUGGUUGAAGCUAGGAGGGCACGUUACAGAAAAUUACAAGCAUCAGCCCCACCUUCUCAUUACAGCAUGGAAAUUAGAAAACCAUCCGCACACACUGAUAUUUAACAUUAUUAUCAGAGUAUUAAAUAUCAAGAUUGCUUAAAGGUAAAUUGCAAUUUUAGUUAUUUAUUGAGUUUAAGUAAAUAUUUUUUUUUGUAUACUACAAGUAUUUGAAUAUUAUUAACUACCUAUAGUAUUUUUUAUUUUAUUGUUAUUGUAUUUUGCAUGAAAUGUAUGAUUUAAUUCCGUCCAAAUGUGCAACUUAUAUUACUUAUAACAAUAAUAACGCUCUUGAAAUGUGUAUUUGUACCUUUAUAAACCUUUCAAUAAAAUAGGAAUUGUUCGGAUUUUUAUAUGACAAUGGCCUUGCUUGAAGCAAUUUUUUUUUAUUGAAAGUAUUAAAAAGAAAACAAUAAUGAAUCUCUUUAAAGAUAAAAAUGCACUUUAAAGUAUUUAGGCUUGUAGUUAUUUUACUGAUUUUUUUAUUAAUGUAUUUUUCUAUUAUAUUUAUAUACACAACUAAAAAAUGUGAAAUUUUUGUACAAAAUAUACACUAACUAUUAGUCAA